AUAAUCCAUUUCGAAGCUCAGUUUUAAAAUUAGUUAGUGACAACCGCGAGAAAUUUAAAAUUUUUUAAUUUCAUAUAAUUGUUUAAACUAGAAUUAAAAUAAAGAACAUAUAAAGGGGGACCAAAAUGACACUUUCAAGUAGAGAUUACAUCGAAGAGAUGGUGGGGAUGACAGAACAAUUGGAUCCAACUGAAACUGGAAGAAGUGAAGUUACUGAAUUCUUUGAUGGUUGUAAUGUUCUUGUGACUGGAGGCAGUGGUUUCAUUGGCAAAUUGUUGCUGGAAAAACUUUUGAGAUGCUGCCCCAAAAUGGAAAAAUUGUACAUGCUUCUUCGGGCAAAAAAAGGAAAAUCUCCAGUAGAGCGUUUCAAAGAACACUUUGAUGAUGCCCUCUACGAAAGAUUGAAAAGGGAACAGCCUGAUUUUGCUUCAAAAGUUUUGAUUAUAGAGGGCGACACAGGAAUGUGUGAUUUAGGAUUAUCUCCAAAAAAUCGUAAGUUAAUUCAAGAAACUGUUCAUGUCGUGUUUCAUGGAGCUGCAACAGUGAGAUUUGAUGAGAAACUUCGUCAAGCUGUGAACAUUAAUGUGAGGGGUUUCAAACUGAUGCUCCAACUGGCUAAAGAAAUAAAAAAUCUCAAGGCAUUUGUUCACAUCUCAACAGCAUUUUCGCACUGUAUAUCAAAAGAGAUUGAAGAGAAAUUCUACCCACCUCCAAUGGAAGUUGAUAAACUUUUGAAAAUAGUGGAUGUCCUAGGCGAUGAAAAACUAGAACACUUAACUCCAAUGCUAUUGGGGAAAUGGCCCAACACCUAUGCUUUUUCUAAAGCAAUGGCUGAAGAAGUAGGAAAAAUAUAUUCCAAAGGAAUUCCAAUUUGCAUUGUUCGACCAUCGAUUGUCAUAUCUACGUGGAAAGAGCCAAUCACUGCAUGGACAAAUAAUCUCUAUGGAGCUACAGGUGUAGUUGUUGGUUCAGCAAUAGGUUUACUCCGUACUCUGCAUUGUAAGCCACAAAAUUUUGCAGAAAUAAUUCCUGCUGAUAUAGUAAUUAAUAAUAUCGUGGUCGCUGCUUGGGACAUUGAUAAACAAUGGAGAGAAAAAUUAAUAAUUGAAGAGGACCCCCCGAUUUACAACUGUGUGACUUCUAGCCAAAAGCCAAUCACAUGGGGUGAAUUCAUGGUGUUGAAUAGAAUUUAUGGAAUCGAAGCUGUUAGUACACUGACUAUUUGGUACCACGUGUUAUUUUUAAAUCAACAUUUGUGGGUCCACAGUCUCUGUUUAAUUGUUCUACAUUUAGUCCCAGCCCUAAUUGCAGAUUCGAUCCUUUACCUCGCAGGAAAGAAGCCCAUGCUAUGGAAGGCUUACAGAAAAAUACAUAAAUUUAUGGGUGUGAUUUCCUAUUUUUCGAGUCAAGAAUGGCAUUUCAAAAAUGAAGCAAAUCAGAGACUUUUCGGAAAGUUAAACCAGGUUGAUAAAAGAAAAUUCGACUGCAAUAUCGAAAAUUUAGAUUGGCAUGAUUUUCUUUAUUAUCAAUUCCGGGGGGUUCGUCUUUUUAUCCUUAAGGAUCCUAUGGAAACGUUAGAAGCAGGCCAAACUCAUUACAAUCGGCUCAUGUACGCUCAUUAUACGAUACUAACUCUAACAUUUUCGCUACUCGCAUGGAUUUUUUUCUCACUUCUACGCAGGUAUUUUUAUUAAUUUAAAUUAAAUUCAAAUUCAACAUAUUUGAACGAAAUUAAAAAAAAAAAAUUAAUUAUAAGAUUUGUC